AUGUUGGCAGCUAUUCGUAAAACAGUGCAGAAAUUUGGUAUAAAAAUGAUUAAACCACUGCGACCUGCGGUUAUUUCGAAAGGAGAUAAUAAAAAUAAGCUAUCAAUUGUGAAGUGGGUGGACAAUGACUGUGUAAAUUUAGCGAGUUCAUAUUGUGGAGAAGAGCCUGUUACCAGCAUUUUACGAUAUAAUAAAGAUGUGCGCGAAAAGCGGCCUGUUUCAUGUCCACACAUUAUCAAGGAGUUCAACAAAAAAAUGGGUGGGGUAGAUAAAGCCGAUAUGUUGAUUUCUUUAUAUAGGGUUGCUCUGAAAAGCAAGAAAUGGUAUAUGAACAUUUUCAGCCACCUCAUCGACAUUUCUCUGAAUAAUGCAUGGCUUGUGUACAAACGUGAAAUGCAGGAAAUGGGUGAUAAUUCUAUACCAUUGAAAAGGUUUCGAAUCCAAAUUGCAGAUGCACUAAUAAAAUCAGACACGCGUAUAAAAAUUGUAAUAGAUUCAGAAAUUUCAGCUGAAAUCACUAAACCUAUAGUUCCGAGGCCGCUACCAGAGAUGCGGUUAGAUGGGAUCAACCAUCUACCCGAUAUCGAUACACAAGGACGGUGCCGUCUUUGUACUAAAGGGAAAACAGUGAUAAAAUGCCUGAAAUGCGAUAAAGGCAAAUAUUUACUGUUAAGCGAUGGGUACCGGUAUCGUAAGGCGAGAACUAAUACCGAUGGCAGUGUAUCACGGAGAUGCGCCGAGACACCUUGCCGAGGACGUGUCAAAGUGUCAUUGGAAAAUGUCGUGGUAAAUGUGACUCGACACAGUCAUGCUCCAGAUCCAGCUAAAAAUGAAGCAAAAAAAUCUGUGUCUAAUAUGAAAAGGCGAGCAGCGGACACCCUUGAGAAACCAAGGCAGUUGAUUCAAGGAUCGACAAGAGGGCUAAAUUUGGAAGCAUCAGUCCAUUUGCCAUCGUACAAUGCAUCUCAGAGAACUGUUGAGCGUAUUCGGCAAAGGCGUGAAGUGUCGUGCCCAAACCCAGGCUCUGUUGCCGAUAUUAAUAUUCCUGUUGCACUACAAGUCACUUCAAAAAAUCUAAAUUUCUUGUUAUGGGAUUCUGGACAGAAUGAUCCUCAUCGCAUCUUCAUGUUUGGUACUAAAGAAAAUUUGGAAGUUUUAGAGGAGCACCGGCACUGGCACGUAGAUGGAACCUUUAAAGUAGCCCUACAAUUCCGUUGA